AUGCUCAACUUUGAUCUGAAAACGGCACAAGAGAAGAGAGUUAUGGACUUGCACGAGCUGGAGGAAAUCAGAUUAUAUGCUUAUGAGAACUCCAAGAUCUAUAAGGAAAUAACUAAAGCAUCCCAUGACAAGCUGAUCCGCCUUAAGCACUUCAAAGCUGGAGAUAGUGUGCUAUUGUUUAAUUCAAAGCUGAGGUUGUUCCCUGGAAAGUUGAGGUGCAAGCCUUACCUAGGUGCAACCCAUGUUGAAGAGAACAUCAAAACUCCUCUUCAUGAUCCAACGCCUUCCUAA